UCCCUUGACCUUUGUAUUCCACUUCUAUGACACGAAAACACAUCAAACCCUGGUUCACCCAGCCCAAGGCAGCCACGCUCAUCGAGUCCAACCUAAACUCAAGUGACGUGCACUCCGACAAGAAUACCCGGUCCCGAGGGCGUGCUGAGAUCUACGCUACCGUCACCGCGACUAUAUCGGCCUUCUAGCGCUGUUCCUAGCGAAGUCGUCAAUUACGGCGGCUAUUGAGCCCAUUUCGGCAAGCCUUCACGAGCUCGACCGCCCUGCCUCAUUCUCUCAAAUCGCGGGCCUUUUCAGUAGUUCCCGGUGAAUCGGGCGCUUGUUUCUCAUUGUAUCGCAUGACUGCAAUCGAGAAUGCGAGAAUACUGACGUUGGCAGUGUGCACUUGCCGCCAGAACAGGCAAACUCAGCGCGAUGAGACGUGCGAGGGCAGCGCUCUCGCAUCGCAUUUCCGCCGCCGCGAGUAAGCUAACUCUUACGUGUCGUAAUAGGUUUCCUAAGGCCGCGGAAGAGCGUCGAAAAUGGACGAGUGGGAGAUGGAAGAUCCAGGCGAGUAGGUGAGUAUCUCCAUCCGUCGACGGUGCGGCUCGCGCUUCCGGUGAGCGCGGCAUUCCUCGAGGAAGCUAAGCCGCUCGCCUCGCUUUCAGGGCGCCGAGGUUGGAGU